AUGGUAUGGCGACCGGUGAGAGGCGAUCAGAUCACAGAUUGCUCAGGACGUCUUAGACUAUGCACAACUCGCAAUGGAAACUGUAUCAGACUAAUUACUUAUAACGCUAGAACGUGCUCUGCAAGAGACCAAGAACAGAAAGAGCGACGCACGAGAGAUCAAUUACAGUACACUCGUCAUUCGCAGAAAAAGGUUCCGUUGCGAAAUGUAGGCGUUGUUGGUCUUGUUGUGCAGCUACCUGUCAUCCAUCUUGUCGAUACUCACGAAAUCUUGUCACCUGGGAGGCCACCAACCAGAUGGGGUAAUGUGUUCGCUGCACGAACGGACCAGCUCAGAGCUCAGCUGGACACGGGACCGUCAACGUCACAAACGAAACUUGAGAACAUCUUGGAUGCCAAUGGCGAGGGAACAAAAUGA